UAGAGACGUACAUCAAAAACAAACUAAAAACGUUUCAUUCCUAUCCACCACGUAUCUACGGCCUACCGAAACUACACAAAGAGAACCGUCCGCUCAGACCAGUGGUAUCAACAGUGGGAUCUGCCACUUAUAAGAUGGCCCAAUACAUGGCGGGGAUUCUCGAAAACCUUGUGGGGAAAACACAGUACCAUAUUCGGAACAGUUUUGAUUUUGCGGAAGAAAUUUCGAAUAUAGAAGUACCGGAGGGAUGCGUGAUGUACUCUCUAGAUGUUGUUUCUCUUUAUACAAACGUACCUGUGCACAAAGUAUAUGAAUAUAUUGAAGAGAAAUGGCACCAGUUGCGUAAUUACACAACCGUUCCAUGGGACAGCUUCAAAAAGGCGAUGCAAACGGUACUAAGUGCGUCGUUUUUCCACUACGAAGAGAAGGUCUACAACCAAUGUUUUGGCGUCCCAAUGGGCUCACCUUUAUCACCUGUAGUUGCAAAUAUCGUUAUGGAAAAACUGGAACAAGAAUGCAUGGCAAAACUACAUCACAAGGGAAUCUCGUUGACAACUUACAAACGAUACGUUGAUGACUGCUUCGUGAUAGGGAAAGAAGACGAAAUUGAUGCCGUUGUACGUGAAUUUAACACGAUGGAAAUGUCACUCAAAUUCACGGUGGAGAAGGAACAAUCCGGUUCACUGAGGUUUUUGGACAUAACACUAACAAGGACAGAAGCAAAAAUAACGAAAAUGUGGUUUCCGAAACACGAAAAAGGUCGGUACCUAGACUUCACAUCGGAAAGCCCAUAUGCCCACAAGAAAAACUCUGCAAUCGCACUUUUCGACCGAGCAAUUAAACUGACGGACGUCGAGAGCAGAGUUGUAAGCAUACAAAAAGCUAAAUCGAUACUACUGCUGAACAACUACCCGACACAUUUCCUACAGCGAAUACUCAAACAACGAGUCCAUGCAGCGUACAAUACUCUCGAAGAUAGGCGGGAGACCAGAGAGAGAACUAAAUAUGUAUCGUUACCGUAUAUCCCAUGUCUGAGCGAGAAGACAACAUACCAAAAAUGCAAAAAACUAACUUGGUAUAUAGCGUACCAUGUGGAGCAUGUCCAGAUAAGGAAUACGUGGGGCAAACUUCACAAACGCUGGAAAAGCGCCUCGCCCAACAUCGAUAUGACGUACGGAGACAAACAACUACAACAGGCUUAGCGCAACACGCAAUAGAGAACGGACACGAGUUCGAUUUCUCCCGCACUCGAAUACUAGAGCAGAUUACCAGAGAGCAAAGCAGAAUAUCGGCGGAGGCUCUCCACAUUAAACUGAGCGGGAACAGAUCAGUGAAUCUACAACGCGAUGCACUGGGGUUCUCCAAUACAUACAUUGGCAUGGUUAAAAAACUCAGAGAGGUGUACGAGAACAAAAAUCAACCUGCUGAUCGACAACGCGCGCAAAAUGAGAAUGGAUAGAAGUUAGAGGGAUCCA